AUGGGGGGAACUUACGGCAGCAGGAGCCUCUACAACCUGGGGGGGAAUAAGAAGAUCUCCAUCACUGGAGGUUUCGGUGGAGGAGUUGGAGGUUUCGGCGGUGGCGCUGGUGGUUUUGGUGGCCCAGGUGGCUUUAGUGGCCCUGGUAGCUUUGGUGGGCCAGGUUUCGGAGCUGGUGGCUUCCCUGGGGGAAUCCAGGAAGUGACUGUCAACCAGAGCCUCCUGCAACCCCUCAAUGUGGAAAUCGACCCCCAGUUUGGGCAAGUCAAGACCCAGGAGCGGGAGCAGAUCAAGACCCUCAACAACAAGUUCGUCUCCUUCAUUGACAAGGUGCGCUUCCUGGAGCAGCAGAACCAGGUCCUGGAGACCAAGUGGCGCCUCCUUCAGGAGCAGGGCUCCGACUCCAACAGCAGCAACAACAACCUGGAGCCGUUUUUUGAGAACUACAUCAGCAGCCUCAAGGACUUCCUGAACGGACUGCACAACGAGAGGGACAAGCUGCAGGACGAGCUGAGGGGCAUGGAGGAGCUGGUGGAGGACUUCAAGAUGAAGUAUGAAGAGGAGAUCAACAAGCGCACGGCCGCAGAGAACGACUUCGUAGUCUUGAAGAAGGAUGUGGAUUGUGCCUACAUAACCAAAGUGGAGCUGGAGGCCAAGGUGGAGAGUUUGACGGAUGAGAUCAACUUCCUGAAGGCCCUCUACGAUGCCGAGCUGUCCCAGAUGCAAUCAGACACCAGUGACACGUCCGUGGUCCUGUCCAUGGACAACAACCGCUGCCUGGACCUGGACAGCAUCAUCUCGGAGGUGCGCGCCCAGUACGAGCUGAUCGCCCAGAGGAGCAAGGCCGAGGCCGAGGCCCUGUACCAGAGCAAGCUGGGUGAGCUGCAGAGCACAGCGGGCAGGCAUGGGGAUGACCUGAAGAGCACCAAGAGUGAGAUUUCCGAGCUCAACAGACUGAUCCAGAGGCUGCGGGCUGAGAUCGAGAGCGUCAAGAAGCAGAAUGCCAACCUGGAGACGGCCAUCGCCGACGCGGAGCAACGUGGGGAGCUGGCCCUCAAGGAUGCCAACGCCAAGCUCCAGGAGCUCAAAGCGGCCCUGCAGCAGGCCAAGGAGGAGCUGGCCCGGCUGCUGAAGGAGUACCAGGAGCUGAUGAACGUCAAGCUGGCGCUGGAUGUGGAGAUCGCCACCUACAGGACCCUCCUGGAGGGCGAGGAGUGCCGGUGA